AUGCAUGCAAUGGAGUCACAAGGUCGACGAAAAGCACCAGCGAGGAAACGCAAGGACGACCUUCUGAGAGAUCUUUUUGGAGAAGAGAAUCCAGAUCUCCCAAGUCCACAGGAUAGAUGGAUUAAUAUUCAGGCUGUUGUCAGAGAGGUUUACAAGGAGCUUGGCCGCGAGUACGGAUUUAUCGAUAAACGCUGGACCGAAAUAACACCACGAUGGAAAAUCGAUUUGAGCAACGAAGUCCUGUCGCGGCUUGCUGAGCCUGACCGACGAGUCCUAGAGUAUCGACCCGACGUAGUAGAGAGACUAUUGAAGGACCAUGUGUCGAAUCGAGGUGAUUGGAAAAAAGAGAAGGCAAGGAAAAUGGUCCAACAGGCAGAGCGAGGAAGCCCCCCAUCGGAGCGAAUGUCUCCACAAGAUACCGGAAGCUUAAGUCCCUACGAAGAAAGGAUGGAGUACGAAUUUGCAACACCGCGAUCGGGCUCGCACCAAUCGUUACAGGCAUCCCUACCGCCACUUUCUUCAUUUGUCGAGGGAGUAGAAAGGAUGAGGGGCAGCAGAGCAGACACAAGGCAGGUCUACGAGGAGACACGCGCUCAAAAAAGUGCAGGCUUCGGAUACUAG